AUGGGUUCCGACUUCAAGGCCAUCCCGCUCGUCGACAUCAGCGCGCUCGUGGAGAAGGUCGACCAUCCGGGCAUGGCCGACGACGGGGACCUGCUGGACGUCAUCCGUGAGCUCGACCGCGCCUGCAAGGACGCCGGCUUCUUCUACGUGAAAGGCCACGGGAUAGCGGAGUCGUUGAUGGCGGAGGUCAGGGACGUCACGCGCAGCUUCUUCCAGCUCCCGCUCGAGGAGAAACGCAAGAUCAGACUCACACCCCGGACUGGAUACAGAGGGUACCAGAGAGUGGGCCAAAACAUCACCAAGGGCAAGCUUGAUAUGCAUGAAGCAAUCGAUUGCUACGCGCAUAUCGAACCGGGCAAGUAUGGAGAUCUCGGCAAGCAUUUGGAAGGAGAUAAUUUGUGGCCCGAUUGCCCAUCAAAUUUUAAAGUACUCCUAGAUAACUAUGCAAGGCUUCUUCGAGAUCUUUCAAGGAAGAUCAUGCGAGGUAUAGCUUUGGCACUAGGUGCGCCGUCGGAUGCUUUUGAAGGCGGAACAGCGGGAGAUCCCUUCUGGUAUCUCAGGCUGAUUGGGUAUCCAGUCCCAGCUAGUAUUUCACAGGAGCAACGCACUAAUACUGGAUGUGGAGCUCACACGGAUUACGGCCUUUUGACACUGGUUAACCAAGAUGAUGACAUUUGUGCGCUUGAGGUCAGAAACCUGUCUGGUGAGUGGAUACAGGCGAAGCCAGUCCCUGGAACCUUUGUGUGCAACAUUGGUGACAUGCUAGAAGUUUGGUCUAAUGGAAUAUAUCAGCCCACGCUCCAUAGAGUUUUCAACAACUCCCUUCAUUACCGUGUAUCUGUUGCCUUCUUCUACGAGUCGAACUUCGAUGCUGUGGUUGAGCCUGCGGAGCUAUGCCGAGAGAAAACGGGUGGCGUUGCCAAGUACGACAAGGUGGUGUACGGGGAGCAUCUAGUCAAGAAAGUUCUGAACAACUUCGUGCUGUAA